GAUGCAGACACAAAUCGACUAAUAUUUCGAUGGCGUUAUGUUCACAAAUACCUAUUUUUUUUGCCUACCACUUACCACUACAGCCAUCUAUUACAAAACGGCGGAAGCAAUGUUGUACAACUAAUAGGUGGGUUCAUUUGGUGGUCACAUGUUUUGAUCGAAUAGUUGUCAGAAGGGAAAAACGGUAAAUGAAAAAUGUUGGUCAGUAUUAUACGACAUUUGACAAAGAAAAUUAAUCUAAAAUUAUUUAAAAAAAAACAUGGUCAAAUUGGUCGAAUUGCUCUUCCAACUGUCAGACUAUCCAGCAUAUCCUCCAGGUCUGGCCUCCAGUGAUUACUGUAUUUUUUCAGUCCUCAAAAGAAUGUUCCAGGAAAAAGAAUUGCCCAAUAAUGAUAAAUGAUUUCCCAGGUUGAAACCUUUGACAAAACCACUACGGGGUGCAGUAUCAAUAUUCUCAGUUGUUCUUGAGCAACGCACACGGUUUCGAUUCUUCACAUUACUAACUUGUCCCAAAAGCUCCAAUAUUUCCACCAGUUGCACUAUUGCCGGCGGAGAAGGUGCUUUACAGUGAUAAAGCACCCAAAAGGCUUAAAUUUUGCAGGGUGGGACUACAAAAUUUUCACCAUUUUUGUAGUGAAUUUCAACAAUUUCAAUUUUUAGUAAUGGCCUAGUUUUUACUUCGCAAUUGUCAAGAGAUAACAGCUUCAUUAUAAGUAACAGUUGCCCAGAUAAUGAAAUCUUUUAUUGGAAAACCCUUUUUUCAUUCAUCAACUUCCGGUACUUUUUGACAUACUUAGUCGAAGAUUCAAUAAUCCUACUUACAUUCAUAAGUCUUGACUUAAGUCAAUCAAAUGGACCUAUCCGAACUAAGUACUCCAUUCCUCCUGCGCAAAGCUCCUCAUACGGGAGAAUGUUACGCCACUGAAAAUGUUGACCUAUUUCGUAUUACAAAGUAGGAUUCGCAUGUCCGUACCACUUGAUAUUCUUAGCGGUGUUAUUUGAAUGAUGUGGGGAGGGGGCUGACAAAAAGGGACUAAACAAGGCGUAAACAGGAAUGAUCAACCUGAAUCAAGAAAUAAAUUGGUUUCUGAAAUGAAACUGAAAGUCAGUUGACGUUGUGGAGUCUGCAGGGCAGAACAUACGUGUUCGAAAGGUGUUCAAAUAAGUACUUACAUUUAAAUAUUUCUGAGAGAAAGACACCCUCAACUCCGCAACAUGAUUUGGAUAGUACUUAUCUCAUUAUGUCUUCUUCUAUUCUAUUAUCGCACAGUCAGAACGUUCAGUUAUUGGAAGCUAAAGAAAGUUCCUUUUCGGAGACCCCUUCCGAUUUUUGGUAACAUCAUGAAAGUUGCUUUAGGACAACAACAGGUUGGCACAGCUAUAAGGGAGAUAUACGAUAGUUUUGACGAAAAUGUUCCUUACUUUGGCAUGUACAUUCUGCACAAACCAUUCUUAGUAAUACGUAGCAAAGAAUUAGCGAAAAAAAUCCUGAUCAAAGAUUUUAACACUUUCCAAAACCGACCUCUGUACCACAAUAAGGAAAUAGAUCCUAUGGCUUCUAAUGCCUUGUUUAUUAUGCGUGGUGAAGAGUGGAAAGGAUUAAGAAAUAAGUUGUCACCAAUAUAUACAAGCGGAAAAAUGAAGAAAAUGAUGCCUCUCAUAACCAAAAUUGCGGACCAAAUGGAACUGUACGUAGACACUUUGACUGAUGGGCAAGAGAUUGAUGUUAGAGAUCUGGCAAAUAGAUACUCCCUAGAUGUAAUCUGCUCCUGUGCUUUCGGCAUAAACUCCAAUAGUCUUAUACAGAAAGAUAACGAAAUAAAGAAUACAGCGAACAAAAUGUUGGAUCUAAGAAGCAUAAAAAGAAGUUUUGCCAUCGGUUCCUAUUUCUUCUGUCCUUUGAUGGUGGAACUUUUCAAAUUGACUUUUCUUGAUAAAGAAAGCUCAGAUUAUUUUGUAGAUAUAUUCAAAACUUCUUUCGAACAAAGAAAGAACUCCAAAGAGAAAAGGAAUGACCUCAUUGAUUUGAUGUACAAGAUAAAACUCUCAGAAUCUGAGGAAGACACAUUUAAAUUCGAUGACUUCAAAAUCUCAGCCCAAGCUCUUGUGUUCUUCACCGCUGGAAGUGAAACUACAGUUGGAACUUUAUCUUUUUGUUUGUAUGAAUUAGCAAUGAAUCCAUAUAUACAAAACACACUCAGGGACGAAAUAAGAGAAAAUAUGGAUUCCGAGGGAAAUAUUUCCUAUGAGGCCUUGUUCGAAAUGACAUACUUAGAUUUAGUAAUAAAAGAAACAUUGAGGAAAUAUCCACUCACACACUUGCUUAUGAGAUAUCCUGAGACAGAUUAUACAUUUGAAGAGACAGGUUUACAUCUGGAAAAAGGAACACCAGUUCUCCUGUCAAUGACCUCUCUUCAUUUCGAUCAGAGGUACUUCCCUGACCCAGACAAAUUCGAUCCUGAAAGAUUUAGAGGGGAAAAAGCAAAAGACUUGCAAUAUGUAUAUAUGCCUUUUGGAGAGGGUCCAAGAAAGUGUAUAGGUGAUAGAUUUGCACUAUUGUCAAUGAAAAUAGCUGUCUUCAUGUUCUUGAAAAAAUUUGAAAUAACACCAUGCAAUAAAACAGAAGUCCCAGUGAAACAAAGUAAAACGGCAUUUUUUAUCAUUCCAGAUUCAGGCAGUAUUUUUUUGAAUGUAAGAAAAAUUGAAUAAAUUAUAAAUUAUAUAUUAAAGCAGUAUUUUUUGUCACAAAAUAUCAAAUGCAGGACUAGUCCAGAAUAAUAUAUUUAAAAACAAUAAACUAUUAAAAAUCAUAAAUUUAUAUUUAAAAUAUGAAAGAGAAUAAAUAAUCU